UCCUACGCUGGCCUCAUCGGGCAGGCGAUACUGCUGUCGUCAGACGGCAAGCUAAGCUUGAAUGAGAUCUACAAUUGGAUCAGCGCUUCGUACCCGUAUUAUGUUCGUGGUGAUAGAGGAUGGCAAAACUCCAUCCGGCACAACCUCAGCCUCAACAAGAGCUUCAUCAAGGUCGAAAGAGGUCCAGACCUGCCCGGCAAGGGUGGUUUCUGGUCUAUUCAG